CCGGAGCACAUUCAGCACUGCUGAAUCAGCAGCUGACUAAAGAAAAACUCUGCUAAAUUAUUUUGUUUUUCAUCAGUAAAUCUAAACAAAAAAUUUAGUCAGUUCAAACAGUUACAUAAUUUUCACUUUCGUCACGUCAUUCAACACAUAAUACGUAUUUAUUUACGUAGAUAUGUAAAUCAUUUACAGUAAAUGAGAGUAAUAAUGCCGAAAGAACACGGUUUUUCUACUUUUACGAAAAAUGGGACCGGACACAUUUUGCGAGACUUACUUUCCUCCACGGUCCGUCUCCACAGGUCAAAUUUUGUCCCCCCAACGCAUCCCCUGAAACUCGAGGAGGAUUACAACUCAUCCCCAGAAAUACCAUCGCCCUCUUGUUCAAUCUGCACCGAAUCUGGGACAAAUCUGCACGCUCUCGCCGUCCAAGAAAUGGAAAUCCUUGCCAAAUUCGUGCUAAAUCAGGAGCAAAUUUCUCUCAUUUUACAAACUGAAGAUCAUCCUCCAGUAUUUUGUUGCAAAACUUGUUCCUCUGCAACCCUCUCGUUGGCCAAGUUGACCACGGAAAUCGAAAAUAUUCCUCUUUCUCUCCGUGCCGUCAUUUCCAGCAGGAACGGACUGUUCAAUAAAGUGCGAAAUGACUCCAAAGUUUCUGAAUUAAGGAAGUGUUCGAUCUGCUCAGAAUCUGGGACAAAUCUGCGUCCUAUCGCCAUCCAAGAAAUGGAAAUUCUUGCAAAAUUCGUCCUAAAUCAGGUGCAAAUCUCCCUCAUUUUACAAACUGAGGAUCAUCCUCCAAUAUUUUGUUGCAAAAUUUGCUCCUCCGCGAUCCUUUCGUUGGCCAAGUUGACCACGCAGAUUGAAAAUAUCACCAUUUCGCUCCGUGCCGUCAUCUCCAGCAGGAACGGAUUGUUCAACAAAUUGCGAAAAGUAAACGGCAACAUUAGUGAAUUGUGUCACGAAAUAGCGACCAACAAUGUCUCUCCUGCAGACACGAUUUCUACCAAUGACGAAGCCCAAUUAACCGGAUGCUUUGAAGAGGAUGUCGAAUUCUCCAUAAAAGUUGGCCCAACUUCCGACCACGACGACGACGAUCUUGGCGAAAUCACGUCUGAUCCUCCGUACCAUCCAGAAAGUGACGAUUACCACUCUGACGUUGCCGUUGCAAAUUCCCACGUGCUAAAAUACGUGUGCAAAAUUUGUCACCCCAACGCCACAUUUCUCAGAUGGGACACCUACAAGCGCCACAUGAAGAACAAGAACAUUCAUCCCGACGUUUCCGAUGCGGAUAUUGCAGCCUUUCAACCUCAUUUGGAAUCAAGGAAAUUUGCGUGCAAAAUAUGUAACAAGAAAUUCCUCAAAAAUUCCCACCUCCUAAAACACUUGACCAGCAGGAGGGUUCAUGCUGCCGCAUUUAAGGAGACUGAGGAUGAGCGACCCGUCCCCCCUCCAAAACGGAACCAUCCAUUUCCAUGUCCGAAAUGUGACAAGAGUUUCACCUCGCUCGACGGGGUACGCCAACACGAUCGCAGAUCUCACGAAUGGCGAAUCCCUUACCGCCGGAAGUGUACCCUUUGUCCGAAAGUCUUCUCAACAUUGGCCUUUUUGCAAAGGCACAUGAACAAAGCGCACAAUGUUCCAACCCCGCAGCAAGAAACGAGUCAUUCCUGUCCCAUAUGUUCGAAAAUCUUGGCCACCCCGGAGAGCAAGCAGCGUCACGUGGAAUCCGUCCACUUUCCGGACAAGACGUCCUGCCCGUACGGAUGUCAAGUCAAGAUUGACUCGGAGGAUGAAUGGGUGACGCAUUUGGAGGGGUGUGACUCCCCAAAAAUGCGUGCAGAAUCGGAAAGCGCGUGCAAAUAUUGUCCCGCCGUGUUGCGCAGUAUGCUCCUGGAGAUAGAACACCGCCUGCGCGUACAUCCCGAAAACACGAGCUUGUGCCCCAUUUGUGAGCAAAGAUUUACCCGUAAAGUUGUCCUCAAAUGGCACCUUUGCACCAUAACUGGAAACAUUGGAAAUACGGCGCCGAGAAAGGUUAUAAAUUCCGAAAAAUCGAAAUUUGUAUGCACCAUUUGUCAGCCGAACGUCACCUUUGCCACGUCGAAGGCCCACGUGCGUCACAUGAGGAACAAGAAUAUUCACCCGGACAUUGCUGCUGCGCAUGCUUCCCAGGUCAAAGCUCGUUUACCAUCGUUCAGAAAAUUUCCGUGCAAAAAAUGUGGCAUAAAUUUCUCGCGCAGUGACCAUCUCGUCCAGCAUAUGAUGAAUAAAAAUUUGCAUUCCGAUAUUUCCCAGGCCGGAUCUAUGGCGAAGACGGGACGUGACCCUCUCGACGAGAAAGAUAUUCCUUACCUCAACCUGCACAUGCGCUCCCUUCAUGGCGCUACUAAACGGAAAUGCUCCCUUUGUCCGAAGCAGUUUACACACGGGGCAACGUUGCGGGUGCACAUGCAGCAAUGCCACAGCCUGUCAGUGCCCAAUAACAGGUCACGUUAUCCUUGCGAAAUCUGCACGAAAACCUUCGCCACAAACGCGAAGGUCCUUCUGCACGUUGAGGUGGUCCAUUUUUCCGACAAGACGUCCUGUCCGUACGGAUGUGAAGCCAAGAUUGACUCGGUGGCUGCCUGGGUGACGCAUUUGGAGGGGUGCGACUCACCAAAAAUGAAUUCAGAAUCGAAGUUCGUCUGCAAAUUUUGUUACGCCGUGUUCCGCAACACUUUUCUUCAGAUGGAACACCACGUGCGCCAACAUCCUGACCAGGCUUUCUUUUGUUCCGUUUGUCGACAGGGAUUUAUCCGUCAAACCGCCCUUCAAACUCAUGCGAAGAAUUGUAAAAUCAUCAAUUGUAAUUCAUUAAAUAAUUGAAAAAUAAAUGUGAAAAUCCGAGCGAUAUGAGUACCUGCAAGAGUCUAAGCCUUCAGAGCUCCGAGGGUAGAAUGAGUAAACUGCAAAACUGUCAUUGCGUGUGGGGUGCAGCAUCGGUUACGCGCCCGGUUAAGACAAGUGUAACUCAUCAACCUCUAAUAUUUAUUACUUCAUCACGGGGAACCUCCUAAUCUUUUAAAAUCAUGAUCCUCGACUAAGUCAUAAGUCUCCCUUGAAAAAUUAAACCAGAAACUUUGUUCGGAUGAAAAAUAAUUCACCUCGGUCGGAUCGGGAUACAUAACUGUGAUCGGUUCCCGCUUGCUCGGAUGCUCGGAUAACUUCACGCACAUAAAAUAAACACAAGUUUUUUUACAUAUGACAUAUGUAAUUUACUUUCGUCGGCAAUAAUUAAUUGCCACUUUAAUUAAAUUACAAUCCCCAUCUCAGAUAAUUAAUUACUUGAAUUAGUGAAGAUUCAUAAUGUCCCUCGUUAAGAGUUGCAUUUUCUGUCCGCACGUUCCAACUUCUUUUACGAAACCACAAGGAAGUGACGAUUCGAUUAAGAAAACGAUUAAUUUCGUCACUAAAAUUUUGGACGUGGGGGAUCAUCUCCUUGGCGAUGUGAAGAAUCUGGGGACGACCGGUUUUUGUUCCGAGUGUGCCUUAAUUGUUUCCCAAGUUGGCGAAAUUUAUGGAAAAUUGGCACCAUUAAUUGACAAAAUUCAGCAGAAUUUAAAAUCUAAAGAAGGUCAAGUUUUGAUAAAAGAAGAAAAUGAGGAGUCCGAGGAAAUCGCCGUGAAAUGUGAAAGGCAUAUUCAAAACAUAUUGGAAGAUGAUGAUUAUCCGCAAGAUGGUGAAGGUGACGACGCUGAAUGGUCACAAUUACGCAUUGUUGACCAAAAAGAGGACGAAGAUGACGAUGACGAAGGAGAACUUGGACGUGAUCCAUUAGAAAAUGAUGUCAAUCCAAGCUCAAGGGGAUCGUCACGAUGUUCUUCCCCUGGUCCAAUACCUACGAAGAAAAUUAAGAUUGCGUUCGCAGCCACUCAAUCACACUACCCACUCCUCAGAUCCGGAGUUUGCAACAUUUGUGGUGAAAAAUCGAAGGAUUUAUUUUAUCAUCGAGGCGUAAAAAAUCACGACCUCGCCCACGAACUCGAAGUCUAUCAAAACAACCAAGAACCCAGCCCCCUGUGGUCUGCUCGACGCCAUUGUCCCCUCUCCCUCAAGUGCCAAUACUCCACCACAAACCCGGCAUAUAUGUGAACCCACAUCCUCAAAGAAAAACAUCGCCCUCAAACCCACACCUGUCCCGUUUGUGGGGACGUUUUCAUUUU